AUGUCUCUCAGAGCCGGCGCCCUCAACCAAGCAAAGCCAUCAUCAGGCCAAUUAACAAUCCCAAUAGCAUCAGCUAGGGCUAAACGUCAGUCCAUUAAGUUCUUCGACUCUGCUGACUGGGCAAUGAACAACUAUGCCGCCCAAGAUCAGCAUCUUCCACAUAUGGAAAUGCAGAAAAGCCACAAGGCUGAGUACAACUCUCCACUAGCUGCUUAUUAA